CUUUCUUCACGUCCCCCGUUGCUCGGCCGGACAAUAUUUGCGGGGCCGGAGCGGAGGGACCGGGCUGGACCGGAGGCGGGGGCGGGGAGCGCUGGCGACAGAACAUCGGCUCAAUGUCGAGGCCGGAAGAUCCAAAGACUGGUACAGACUCUGAAAGUGAGAGCCCAGAUUCCCAAGGGGAAGCAAGCGGGCAGUUAGAUGUGUCUGAAAUGGAUUUCUUGAGGAACUUGCUGUCACGCUCCCUUGAUCUGCAGCAGUCAGACGCUGGGCCGGUGCUGGAGAAACGGAGCCUCGAAGGGGUGGCCAAGUACAUCCUCAACAAGAAAUGUGACAAGAUAAUAUGCAUGGUUGGAGCUGGCAUAUCAACGUCGGCAGGAAUCCCUGACUUCCGUAGUCCAGGAACUGGCCUCUACCACAACCUUCAGAAGUAUGACUUGCCAUAUCCAGAAUCCAUUUUUGAGAUGGGAUUCUUCAAGCAAAAUCCGGAGCCUUUUUUUGCGCUGGCAAAAGAACUGUACCCAGGACAGUUUAAGCCCACGGUCUGCCACUACUUCAUACGGAUGCUGAGGGACAAGGGGUUGCUGUUACGUUGUUACACACAGAACAUUGACACUCUUGAAAGAGUCGUUGGGUUGAAAGACGAGGACCUGAUAGAAGCCCACGGAACAUUCUACACCUCUCACUGCACCAACAGCACAUGCAGGAAGCAGUAUAACCUGGACUGGAUGAAAACACAGAUCUUCACAAAGCCGCUCCCAAAAUGUGAGCUGUGCGAUUCUGUAGUGAAACCGGACAUUGUGUUCUUCGGCGAAAGUCUCCCCCCUCGGUUCUUUGCCACCAUGGAGUCUGAUUUUCCAGUGUGUGACCUCCUCAUCAUCUUGGGCACAUCCCUGCAGGUUCAGCCAUUUGCGUCGCUCGUCAACAGAGUGUCCAAGUCCACCCCGAGGCUGUUCAUUAACAAAGAGACCACUCGUCAGAGUGACCCCAUGAUGGCUCUGCUGGGACUUGGGAAUUCUCUUGACUUUGAUUCAGAAAAAGCCUACAGGGAUGUAGCGUACGUGGGUCCGUGCGAUGAUGGGUGCCUGGCUCUUGCUGAAUUGCUGGGAUGGAAGGACGAACUUGCCAGAAGAAAGUUGUGAAGAAGGAGCACGCCCUGAUCGACAGCCAGGCGGAAGGGGCGCAGGCAUCAGCUGGCCCCGCGGCUCAGGAGGAGAAGGGAAGCGUGCUGAAGUCACAGGCGGUAACGCAGGAAGAGGCGGAGAAGCCAGGUGCCCAAAAGAAAGCAUGACUCUGCUACAGCCCACUGCACUAAAUAACCCGGCAGGGAAAGCAAACGUCUUUGCAACUGCAACCCCUCGUAUUAACUGCUGUGAAGAGUGACUGCGGAGUAAUUGAACCCAUCCUCACUCACCUCUGCUGCAGCAACGACAAUAUUGCCCAUUUGACUUUCCUUAAGUUUGAUUAUAGAUACCUAGUCAAGGGCAUCGAACCCGUCCACAGUGGACAGGGUGUAACAACAGUUUUAACAGCAGUGUGUGUGGGGGGGGGGGGGGGGAAGGUUGUGUUGCAGUACAAGUUUUUUAUUGUGAUUGUCGUAUGAAAUGGGGAUUCAUUUCAUCCCUCUGGGAACCAAUUCCAUGAGAAUAAAGCAGCAAAUUAUUAACUGAGUUUCAUUGCUCUGCCUAUUGUGACUCAAAGCACUCUUUGGUUUGAGAGUUCGGCCCAGAGUCGGCAGCGGUUUGAUGGAGAAUGGAGUUGUUGCAACUAAUCGAAUGGACAACUAGAAACCAAACAUCCUACAGCGAGCAUGAUAGGCCACUCGACGAAAAAGAGACGUGGGCAGAUUCGUGGGUAAUUUUCGGCCCCAUUUCCCUAACCGGCUUCCGUCUCCGCACCAAAGAUCCCGUAGCGGAGCAAAGAUA